AUGCAAACUACUGCUGUUGAGAAAGAUGUUAAUCUUCUUAAAAGGUAUUGCAAGAUAGGCUCUUGGGUUGGUGUAGUGCCUCAAGAAUUCAAAUCUAUCACCCGCAAAUGGAUUGCCUUAAUAUUUCGUACCAUGAUAGCUACCAGUAUAGUCCCAAUAGGAUUUUACAGGAGAGUAGAGCAAAGGUACCAUCAUUAUUCAGGCAUAUUGAAAAUAGUUCAUUGCUGUCUAUCACUUGGCAGAUGUAGUUUGCUCAUAACCAGCUUAGUACUGCCAGUAAGGGAUACCAAAAGUUGGUACGCGUUCUUUAAAGAGAUUAGGAAGUUGAAGGAGUUGCUAGAUGAAGCUGCUUGUAAAGAUAUUGGAAAUGAAUCUAUUAAGGCUCAUGCUAUAAAGUUUGUACCAUGCUAUAUAGGGAUAUUGCUAUUGAAUGUUUGGGAGGUGUACGAAUAUGAAGAAGAUGGAUUGGCUACAACAAGUGUUAAAUUCUGCAUGCUUGUUUCACUGCUUAUAGCAGUUUUGGCCAACCUCAUGCUGAAAGUUAUAAGGAAUCGUUAUAAGGCAGUGAACAAUGUUCUGAGAAGCAGCCUAGAGUGUAUCAUACGAGAUGAAAAACUAACUGCAAGAACCAUAGGGCAAAUGAAGCAGAUGUACAUCAACUGCGAUAAUAUGGUUGGUCACUUCAAUGAAAUAUUUGGACAGAUGAUGUUUUGGACAUCGAUGAAUACAGGAUUGACGUUAUUGAUUUGCUUACUCUUAGCAUAUGAAAAUGAGAUACCUGACAUUAGCUAUGUGGCAUGUUUUUCGCUAGUUGCAGCUGUUUAUGUGGGGUUCACUACGGUAAUCAUCCUAUCCUGCGAUGCUACAGAAAAGCAAGGCAAGAUGUUCACAAACAUUUGUUACAAGAUGUAUGCAAAAGAACAGAACGUAUACCUCAGAGAUGAGCUACUGAGUCUCGCGAUAGUGUCGGAGAAGAUUGGACCAAGGUUUUCUGCAGCUGGUUUUUAUGUUGUCAAUCAAAUGUUUCUCUCCACAUUCUUCUCAGCUCUGACAUCAUAUGCUAUUGUUUGUAUUCAGUUUAGUAUGUUGUAGUUGCGAUGCGUAUGUUAGUAAUGAACAUGUGGGCAAUUGUGACCAUGUUUACACCGUAGGGCGCUUAGCGUUUAGAAAGCCACAGAGCAACAUAGUUCUUUACGUAAAUGCUACUCUGUGCUCAUUUAUACAACACGAUAUGCUGGACAAUGCGCCAUAUAAGCGCUUGGUUACCUACGCUGUAAACAUGGUAAAUGAUGAUUGUUUUAAGUUCCAUAAGGAUUGUUAGUUUGACGUUUGACAGCCUCUUCCACCAUUCAGCAGGGGGGGCUUCACACCCAACUCCGUAUCCGUGUUUUGUAACAUUUUGUAACAUCAAGAGCUUAUGCUCAAUUAUAUUGUUGAUUGUACAGAGUCAGAGGUGUCAAAGAAUGCCAGUAGAACUCAAAAUGUAUGAGCUCCCCAAGAGGUUCACGAGGAUAAAGUCGAGUGAUUGGACGAAUUUGAUAGCCACCCUCAGAUAUUUAUAAGCACCAGAGUUAGAAUCUACAGAUACUUCAGAUGUAAUUACUUUGCUCACAGUAUUUGUUCCUAUAUUGAUUCUUUUAUUAGAAAAAGCCUAUAUUGUGAGCUCGGUCAGAGGUGAACGUCUGGCUUUCCAUGCAUUAUGUGCGAUACUAAAGAGACGAAUGGCCUGCUAGCACGAAUACUGUUUAAUUUAUAGCUUUGUUUCGUCUGAUAAUAAAGAAUCUACUGCGAUCUGUACGAA